UAUGAUAAUAAUUGGGGAGGACAAAACUUAGUGAAAGGGCAAAAGAGAAACGGGAAAAGCAGAAGAAAAAAAAUGAGAAAGAAGAAAGGGACAGCCACCCACUUGUACAGCAACCCGCCAUUUCUAAACCCGUUUAGGGUUUUUCAAAUUUUCACUAUUUUCUUCACCAAAUUCAAAUUCAAUUGGGGAUUUUGGGAAUUCACUGUAAUCAUCGCCCUUUUUUUUGUGGGAAUUCACUGUAAUGGCGGGGAACAAAGUCACUGAGGAGCUUGUUUCAAUGGUACGUUCCAUUGUUGGCGAUGAAUAUACAGAGAUGGACAUAAUUAGAUCACUUCACAUGGCGAAAAACGAUCCUACAGCUGCAAUAAACAUCAUUUUUGACACCCCGAGUUUCAAGAAAAUCGAAAUUCGCAAUACCCAUUUCAAUUCUGAAGCUGAAAAUGUACGUAGUAAUAGUGGUAAGAUCAAAGAAUCUGUGAUUAGUACAGUUUCUUCAAUUGUGGGUUUGGAUACUGAAAGUGAAUUUGGGGAUAAUGGGUUGGUGGGUAAGAGGGCUGGAUGUGAUAUGGGUAGUGAAUAUGGGAGUAAUGGGUUGGUGGGUAAGAGGGCUGGGUGUGAUAUGGGGAGGGAAUGUGGGAGUAAUGAAUUGGUGGGUAAGAGGGCUGGGUGUGAUAUGGGGAGUGAAUGGUGGUAUGUGGGGUGUGGUGAGGUUGCUGGUAUGUCAACUUGUAAAGGGAGGAUUUUGAAGCCUGGUGAUGAAGUUGAUUUUACAUUCCCGGUGGAGAAGAAAUUGAGUUCACCUUCACGUGGGAAGUUUGGCAGUGGACGAGGGCGUCAAGCAGCUGCCUGUUCUGAAAUUGUAAGGUUUUCUACAAUGGCUUGUGGAGAGAUUGGGCGUAUUCCAAAUGAAUGGGCUCGAUGUAUUCUGCCACUGGUGAGAGAUAAGAAGAUUAGAAUUGAAGGGUGUUGCAAAUCGGCCCCUAAUAUAUUGGGGAUUAUGGACUCUGUCCUUUUGUCUGUCAGAGUGCAUAUUAACAGUUCCAUGUUUCGUAAAAGCCAUCAGACAUCACUAAAGGCUAGAAGCAAUCCCGCAGAUGAUACAGUUGUUCACCCCCUUCCGACUUUGUUCUAUUUGCUCGGGCUUACUCCAUUUAAGAAGGCAGAGUUUACUCCAGCUGAUUUAUACACGAGGAAGCGGCCUUUGAACGAACAGGAAAGCUCUGGAGGUCCUGCCUCAUUAUUGCGUGCAAACUUGUCCAAAAGCUCCUCAUCUGCAGAUGGAGAUAAAGUUGAGAAUGAUGAGUCAAUUUCUGAUACUGAUCUUGACUAUAUUGUUGGUUUAGCUGAUAGCUCAAAGCUACAGGAAAUGGAACCACCAAGUACGCUCCAGUGCGAACUGCGACCCUAUCAGAAGCAGGCGCUUCAUUGGAUGACGCAACUGGAGAGGGGAAGAAACACAGAUGAAGCAGCAACUACUCUGCAUCCAUGUUGGAAUGCUUACCGCCUGAAAGAUGAGAGGGAGCUUGUUGUUUACUUGAAUGCAUUUUCGGGCGAUGCGACCACUGAAUUUCCAAGUACCCUUGAAACGGCUAGAGGAGGGAUUUUGGCAGAUUCCAUGGGGCUAGGGAAGACUAUAAUGACUAUAUCUCUCCUCCUCAGUCAUUCUGAAAGAGGUGGAUCAUCAGGAAGCCAAUCUACAAGUCAGCUGUCUAGUGAAAAUGGUGAAGCUAGUAAUAUCUUAGGUCAUUCUCCAACUUUUGCGAAGAAAGCAAAAUUCUCUAGUCUUGAUAAGCUUAUGAAACAUAAGCCGAUACUCAUUUCUGGUGGCAAUCUGAUUAUAUGUCCAAUGACACUACUAGGUCAAUGGAAGGCAGAGAUUGAGGCCCAUGCACAAGCUGGGGCUCUAUCUGUGUAUGUUUACUAUGGGCAGACAAGAUCAAAGGAUGCAAAAGUGCUUGCCCGAAGUGAUGUUGUGCUAACGACAUAUGGGGUGUUGGCCUCCGAAUUUUCUACUGAGAAUGCUGAGGACAGUGGGGGCCUUCUCUCUAUUAGAUGGUUUAGAGUGGUGCUUGAUGAGGCGCAUACUAUCAAAUCCUCUAAAAGCCAAAUCUCAAAUGCUGCCGCUGCUCUUAUUGCUGACCGUCGGUGGUGUCUUACUGGUACCCCUAUCCAGAACAAUCUGGAGGAUAUUUACAGUCUACUAAGAUUUUUGAGAGUCGAACCAUGGGGAAGCUGGGCAUGGUGGAACAAGCUUAUUCAGAAACCUUUUGAGGAGGGAGAUGAGAGCGGGCUAAAGUUGGUUCAAUCAAUAUUAAGUCUGAUUAUGUUGAGAAGAACAAAAUCUAGUACAGAUAGAGAAGGAAGACCAAUUUUAGUUCUACCACCAGCAGAUAUUCAAGUGAUGUAUUGUGAACUUACAGAAGCAGAGCGCGACUUCUAUGAUGCAUUGUAUAAAAGAUCCAAGGUGAAGUUUGAUCAGUUUGUUGAGCAAGGACGGGUUCUCCACAACUAUGCUUCUAUAUUGGAGUUGCUUUUGCGACUUCGUCAAUGUUGUGACCAUCCGUUUCUUGUCAUGAGUCGAGGUGAUGCUCAAGAAUUCUCUGAUCUAAAUAAGCUUGCUAAACGUUUCCUCAAGGGUGGUAAGGAGACUGGAGAAGGAAAGGAUGUCCCUUCACGUGCUUAUAUUCAGGAGGUUGUGGAAGAGUUGCGGAAUGGAGAACAGGGAGAAUGCCCUAUUUGUCUUGAAGCUUUUGAAGAUGCGGUGUUUACUCCAUGUGCUCAUAGGUUAUGUCGAGAGUGUCUCUUGGCAAGCUGGCGAAGUUCUAAUUCAGGCCUUUGUCCUGUUUGUAGAAACACUGUCAGUAGACAGGAGCUUAUAACAGCCCCGUCAGACAACCGCUUUCAGUUUGAUGUUGAAAAGAAUUGGGUGGAGUCAUCAAAAGUAUCAGCCUUGUUGUCUGAAUUAAAACGUGUUCAUUCUGUUGGCUCCAAAAGCAUUGUUUUUAGUCAGUGGACUGCCUUCUUAGAUCUACUGCAGAUUCCUCUUUCUCGUAGUAGUAUUCCAUUUGUUCGCCUUGAUGGGACGUUAAACCAACAACAACGUGAGAAAGUAAUAAAGAAGUUCUCAGAAGAGGAUGACAUAUCGGUGUUGCUAAUGUCAUUGAAGGCUGGUGGUGUUGGGAUAAACCUGACGGCUGCAUCUAAUGCAUUUGUCAUGGAUCCUUGGUGGAAUCCAGCUGUUGAGGAACAAGCGGUCAUGCGUGUUCAUCGUAUUGGACAAACUAAGCAAGUAAUGAUCAAACGAUUCAUUGUGAAGGGUUCGGUAGAGGAAAGAAUGGAGGCAGUCCAAGCUAGGAAGCAACGGAUGAUUUCUGGUGCUUUGACCGACCAAGAAGUUCGGACUGCAAGAAUUGAGGAACUUAAGAUGCUUUUCGCAUAGAGAACAACUAAAUUAUGCCAAAAUGUUGCCUCUGGCUCCUCAGAUUGUAGAUUCACAAACAACAUAUCAGAUCAUUUCAUUCUGCUGCUGGUACACCGGCUUAUUUUGGAGGCCUCAAGAAUCUCUCGUGUUGAAAAGUGAUUGUUCCAUUGGUUACGGCUGAUUUAAUUUUCAGAGGAAGCCACAUUGUUAUCGGUAUUCCAAUUUUUCACUGAAGCAGUUUCCAGGAGCGCGAAUGUAACUAGCAUCUGGGGAUUUGUAUUUCUACUUCACUGUUGUAAAAAUAUAUCAUGGCUUCAUUGAGAGUAUUAUCAAAAUUUAGGACUUCUAAAACAGUUUUGGUAGCUUAAACAAAUUUGUAAUGAAUAAUUUUGUCAAUGUAGCUUGCAAGCUGCAGAGAGUCAUAUGUAAAUCUAUAACCUUUUCCCAAUCAACAAACCUUGUAUGCAGAUUAUGACCUUAUUGAAGUUCUCCUUUGAGUUAACAAAGUUAUUAAGUUAUCAGAA